AUUUGUUUUAGCAAACUAAUUCAUUAAAAAUAUUCGCUUAAUCAACAUUCUCAUGAUUAAAUGGAAUAAAUUGAUGUUCACUUAUAAAGUUUCCAAUUUAAUGAAAACUUUCGUUACAAAUAAUUCAUCAAUAAUAAUACCUGUUGGAUUUGUUCGGUAUUAUUCAAUUUCGUUUAGUAUUAGAAUGAAUAGUACUACUAUUCAAACUUAUAAUAGUAGUCGCUUAAUUUAUAGAAAUUUAUCAUUUACUACUAAUUUAUAUCAACCAUUAUCACAAUCAUCAUCGACAUCAGUAAAACCGAAAGAUCAUCAAACCAAUUUAAGUUUGGGAAUUUUUCAUCCAAAGAAGAAACGUGUAGAUAAAGAAAUAGUUGACUUAAAACAAUCCGGAUUUUACGAUAUCUCAGGUUAUGGUUUUGCACAGUACACUAAUUUAAAAAUGCUCCACUCUUAUCUUUCCAAAUUUGAUCAUCUGUACAAAUUCCCUACAUUACCAUCGGAAUUAUCAUCAGAAGUAUUGUUAGUCUCUCAAUUAUCUAAAAUAGAUACGGAAAAUAUUAAUCCAUGGGAUGCAUUUAUUUUCAAUAACGGAGUGGCUGUGUUUUGGAAUAUGCCUGAGGAAAAUCAUCAAUUAUUGUUGAAAGAAUUUCGUCAGUUCAGUGAAGGAAUUUUAGAAGAGAAUCUAAUUGAACGUGAAGAUUUAAGAUAUUGUUUAACCAAUGAUCAUACCCGUGUUGUCGGUGAAGACAUUUACUUACAUAUUCCAUCAUUCGAAGAUGUGUCACGUCACACAGAACAACAAUCGCACAAAGAUCUAACAUUACAAGACCAAUAUCCAAAGGUAGCAUCAACUUCUUUGACUGACGAUAAUUCACUGUUGGAAAAAUUUGCAUUUUCUGAUGCUUUAGCCUUGUCAGUGAAACUCUCUCUAUUAGAGAAUGGAUUCGAUACAGCAGUUGUUGAAAUUGAACCAUGGAUCGAAGCGAAUAUAAAAAGAGAAAAUCACAACUAUUUCUUUUUCGAAAGUGAAAGUAGUAUUUCAGGAAUCAUUUUGUUAAUGAUUAUCAAAGUUAAAUUCAACUGAUGUAUCUUAUCUUAGAACAAUAAAACAAUGUACUGAACAAAAUGAAGAAAAAUAAAGUGAUAAAUUAUAAUAAAAGUAGUAACGAUCUCAUUUGGUCAAAAAAAAAGAAAUUUUGAAUGAAGUAAUGCAAACUUAUUCAUGAAACAUUCAACCAUAACAUUUACAGAAUAAUCUAGAGAAUCAGUGUAUAGUUAUGACCAUCCAAUCGAUUUUGUGUCAUAAUAUCAUUCAAUGAGUAUUAUGUAGGUAGGUAUCAAUUUGAUAGUUUAUAUUUAUCAGUGAAUAUCGACCAAACCAAUGUAUUCAAUCAGUUCACUGAAAUUAAUGUUAUGUGUUCGUGUAGUAACCGUUAAUACUGAACGUAACUUGAUCAUUAUAUUGUUUGUAUUUUCAAAUCAAAACAUGGUUAUAUUUUUGAAUAUUUUUAAUUAAUGUAUAAGUGAAUUUUGUUGUGAUGGUUGGUGUCCAAAAUCUGAUACUGAUACACGUGUUGCUAUGCCCUAACCCCCAACUGACUACUUGAGCGGGAACACAAGAAUAAGCGAAAAAGUGCAUUGGAAUACCGAAUAAAAUGCACAAAUAUCCAUUCAUAUAUAUAUACAACCACACAAUUCUUAAGAAAUUGACCCAUUUCUCAGCCAAUGAAAUGCAUUUGUCCUUUAGGUCACUUCUGAUUACCAUCAAAUUGACCUUCUCAAUGAGUUACUUUUGACUGGUUCUCCAUAUCAAAUUUCUUUUGAUGUUUUGUAAUCGCAUUUAACCAUUCAGUCAGUUAACAUUUGAAAUUCUAUCUUCACUAUUAACAUGAACCUGUAAAAGUUGUUUUAUUCUCUGAAAAUGCAAAUUAUAUAAAAUUAAGAAAAAAAAUCUUUCUAUUCAGUUGAAAUAUUCGAAAUAAUUUAUUAUCGAAAAUAUUUUUGAAUUUUUGUAAUGAUGACCAUGUUUUUGAGUUGUCAAGACAAAUCAAUCAACUGACGACUAAUCCAGGAUAUAUAAUAAUGAUUUAAUGUUGUCGAUUUAUUGUUGCUAAUACGAUCGAUCCAAAUAAAAUGAGUAUCGAAAGAUAACGUAAUUAAUCAAUGUUAUAUGCCUUUAAGAAUUCCUUGAUAAUGUCUUUAGAAGUUGAGAAAGAAGCAAAAUGUUUUUGUCUAUUCAUCAUUUAAUGGAAGCUCCUAAGAAAUUUCUAGAAAACUGAUAGAUUGUGUGUCAUAAUCUUGUUGAAUAAUCAACCAUUUCGUUACUAAAUGUAAUCUAUUUUUGUAAUCCUCCAGAAUCUCAAGGCCACACGUAGGCCUAUGAAUAUCCUUGUUUUCUGUAAUUAACUGUAAUUAAUCUUGGAAGAAAAGCUCCGUUUUGUACUUCUCUUCAAAGCACAAGUGUAGGAAAGUUCUACAUUCAAGUACCGGACGUAUCAACCAGUAGAAUGAUGUUUAAACACAAGAAUAAACAUGAUUUCAAGUUAUUUUGAAAGAUAAUUUAUUAGAAGCUACGAGUUUCGUAGAUCAUUCAAAGACUAUUACGAUUAAGACUUAAUUGUCAGUUAUUACUCUCUCCAUUUCGGGAUCAUUAUUUGCUGUAGAAAAUUUGUCCAGGGACUAGUUAUGCACAGUAACUUGACAAUUAUUAGCUUAAAUCAUUAAAGCGGUAAUUAUAACCUUUUGUGUUUAUCGUCGUUUUUGUAGAAGAUGAAAACAGGUCGUGGUGCU